GUACGUGUUUAAGUUCUUAUGUGUGUGUAUGGACGUGUAUUUUUAAUAUUGCCGCAUCCGGAUAUUGUUCGGACGCCCAUAUGUAUUUCUCUUCAGUUGCGUAACUGCUAAGUGAAGAUGUCAUUCAUACAACCGCGAUCGCUUUUUACUGUGGAGGACGACGGCUUAAUCCAGCGCUUGGAUUUCAGCGACAGCGAUGAACCCACCGACGACUCUGACAAGAUUUCUUCGCCAGAUCAACCCCGAAGCAGCCCCAUCGAAGGUGACACCGACGAAGACGAACAGUUAGAUUCAUCAUCGGAUUCUUUGAUGACUGAUUUGACUUCAACUGUCAGACGACCUGCACUGACGCGGCGAUUGAACCUCGACGUUGAAGUCGAAAACGUGGACACUACCCUUGCUUAUCGGAAAGUAAGGGCUCUGAGAUUGUUCGAAUCACCCCAGUCUCCCAAAACCAUACUCAAACAAUCAGAGUUGACCCCUGGCGAAGAGAAAGACACGAGCCAGCGAACGCUGUCUCCGCAAAUCGGUUCCUAUGACUAUAACCACAACAUGGGACGGGGAAGACGAAGUAAACACUUCUAUACACCCCAGUUAGAGACAAACAUUAAUCCUUUUACACAGAAUUCUAUAUCUGUUUGUUCCUUGGGGAAGCGACGAAGAGACAGUGGCUAUUCCAGCUUUACAUUUAAUGAUGGCUACUAUUCUGACAGGGGGGUCAAGGUUGAUCUCCAGCCAAAUAAGCGUAUCCACCUAAAGGAAAAAAAUAUGUCUCGUUACAAGAGCGAAUUCUUGGAACUGGAAGAGAUUGGAUCAGGAGAAUUCGGAAGCGUCUUCCGAUGCAUCAACAGGCUGGAUGGCUGCGAAUAUGCCAUCAAAAAAUCCAGAAAGCCCCUGAAGGGAACCUCAAAUGAGAGAGUUGCUCUAAACGAAGUGUAUGCUCAUGCUGUCCUUGGGCACCACAAACAUGUUGUAAGAUACUUUUCGGCUUGGGCGGAGAAUGACCACAUGCUCAUUCAGAAUGAAUUUUGCAAUGGUGGAAGUUUGGCCCAAGCAAUUGAAGAAAAGAAGAAGCAGCAGCUUCAGUUUCUGGAGACAGAUGUUAAACAAAUUCUUUUACAUAUUGCCCUAGGCUUACGUUACAUUCAUUCCUUGAACUUAGUUCACAUGGAUAUAAAGCCUGGGAACAUUUUUAUAACCAAGCAAUCCAAACUCCCUCCAUCUCCCAAUUCAUCGUCUGAUGAUGGUUUUGAAGAGGAUUCAGACUUAGUAGAGGAGGAGGUUAUAUAUAAAAUUGGUGACUUAGGUCAUGUCACUUCUGUAUUGAAACCCAAAGUUGAAGAAGGGGACUGCAGAUACAUUCCUGCAGAAUUUCUGAGAGAUGACUAUAGCCACUUACCUAAAGCUGAUAUCUUUGCUCUGGGCUUGACUAUUUAUGAAGUGUGUGGUGGUGGACCUUUACCGAAAAAUGGUGAAGAGUGGCAUUCUAUCAGAGAAGGCAAUUUGCCCUACUUAUCUGGUUAUUCAAAAGAACUGAAUGAUCUUCUGAAGCAAAUGAUUCAUCCGGACCCAGAUCAACGUCCUUCAAGUGCCUCCCUAGUGCAUAAUCAGACUUUAGUACCUUAUGUUGGCAAAACCAAAGAGCAACUUAACCGGGAGCUUGCAGCUGAGAAGUUUAAAAAUCAGCUCUUGUCCAGGCAACUAGAAAAAGCAUCUCUUUCCUUGAAAAAGGGAAUUUCAACUGAGAGUCGCUUGGGAAGAAUAGUUGGAAGAAAGACCAAUAACCACAGUUGUUUAAAAUUUAACAGGAGCAGCAGUGUAACAUUUUGAUUUUUUAGGAAAUAUUGAAAUAUAUUGUAAAUAUGUUAAUAUUUUAUUUUAUCGAAUUUAUGUUCCCAGGUUUUAAAUGUGUGCCUUAUAGAGAAAAACAUAAAAGCCUUGUACACAAAAAUGAUAAAACAAUCCCUGUAGAAAUUAUAUAUACAGUGUGUUAAUGCAAAAUGUUUUGCCAGACAAUGUGUAUUUUAUUCUUUAUAUGCACUUAAUAAAGGACUAGUGAAGAUAUUGACUUUUAAGAAAUGUUUUAUUUUAUUGAAUUCAAAAUAAGAAUAUCAGAUUUAAAUUGAAUCUGUUGAUAAGUUGGGUGUUUCUUUUAUUUUAUAAGUACAAGCAAAUUUGACAGUUGUUCAUUAACAAUAAUAGUUAAAGUUUUUGAAGUACAUUUUUUUUCUUUUCUUUCACUUUGAAUAAAAAUAUUUCACCUGUCUACAUGUGCCAUGUUUAAUGUUCCUAUGUUGUACUGAGUUUGAUUUUGGUACAGUAAUUUUUUUUUGCUAGCCUAAUUAAAAAAUCUAAUGCCGAUCUAGUGCUCCAAAAUUGUCCUAGUUCGAGUCUGUUACAGUUGAAUCUGUGCCAAAAUCACAUGUAAAAUUGACAACAAAUUUGAUUUACUACUUUUUUUCCCUGAUUGUUUUACCAAUAAAAUAUUUUUUUGUUGUCUUAUAUAUCAUCCGUAACAUGAUUGCCGGUAAAAUUUUAGUUAUUGUCUAAAAGUCUUAAACAUUAUUACUAUUAAAUUUUUACAUUCCAAAGCAAGUCAUUUAAUAUUUAUUAAUUGCUUUUAAGAGUUUUUUUUUUGUGCUCUACAUUAUCUAUGUUUUCAUUUUGAAAUAUAUAUGAUGGGAUAUUUUUCUAUUAUAUCCUGAAUUAUAAAUCUGCGUUUUUAUCAAUCUAACCAAUUUUAUUGCUUUAAUAUUGUCAUAUAGUUGCUUUUACAUUUUAUGGUGUGAACCUUUGUUUUAAUGUACAGUUUAGCUAUUUAUAUAACAUUUAUUGAAAACAAAAAUGAGAAAUAGAUCUGAGUGAAUGUUGGGUUGGUAUUCAUGCUGAAAUGAUUAAAAAUAUUUGAUUAAUUUUAAAAUUGCAAAUACUGUCAGCCCUCCUUAAUCAGGUAAUGGAGAAACCAGUACCCCGCUUACACGAAUAAUGUGUUCCGGAACCAAAAAUGUCCCUAUUGGCACAAUAUUAAAGAUCCCAGUUUAAUCAAAUAAUUUCCCUGGAUAAACUAAUAAUACUGGUCAGCUUUUGCAAAUAUUUCUGUUGAGAAAGUUUUUAAUGUACUAAAAAUAAAUUAAGUAAGAACAAUUAUUCAAGUAAAAAUAUAAUAUUUUUUGCCAACGACGGGCGAGAAAAACAGCAUUCAUAUUCCAUUAAAACAUUUCCACUGCUCUAAUUUCUUUUGUGGUUGCCAUUGAAAAAAAAAAAAAAAACACAGUGCUGACGAUUAUUAAAUUAAAUAGCGCAAAGAAAUAUAAAAAUUGCAGAUGGUAAAAAAUUGAUAAAUAUUAAAUGUAAAACAUGACAAAGAGAGAGAAAAAGUAAGUUCAGCGAGCAAUCCACUAUUAUGGACUUUUUCAAAAGAUAAUAUAAUGAAAAAUGGUACAAAAACUAAGAUUUUAUAAGUUAACUUUUUUAUAAUUUUCAUUGUACUUAUAACAUAUAUGCUUAAUAAAUAUACUAUUUUGUUGUUUAUUUUACCAAUAACAUAAAUUAUUUCCUUCACUUAGCUAUUGAAAUAUUAUUACUCAUUUUAAGAAAAAUGUUUUUGAUUUUGAAACCAAAAGAACAUUUUCCCACUUAAUCAUAUAUUUCUUGGAACAGACGGUAUUUAUUUAAACAGGGCCAACAGUAUAUGGAUUUUGAAAAAUAAUCGUAAAACUUAAUGAAUUUAAAUAAAUUCCAAAUUCUUUCUUAGCUAUUUAAUACUACAUUUUUAUGUGAUGUAAAUUGUUUACACUCAUAUCACUUCUUUAUUUUUUAAAAUUUUAAUGAGAAUGAAAUGAAAUAUGUUUAAUUAGACGGAAGUAGAUGUUUUCAAGCCCUUUUUUAAUAAUUUAAAAGGCUACUUUUGCAUUUUACCUAGUCUAUUAAAAUGUGUGUUCAUGAUUUUUUGUUACCUUUUUUCUCUCUUUUGGAUUUGUUGAAAUCACAAAUCAUUUACUAUAAUUAUAUCUCCCUCAGCAUUUCUGAGAAUAUUUUAAAAUUCUUCAAUAAAAUUUGAAGGAAAGAUCUUAGAACUCUAAAAUGUUUUAAUGCUUCACAAUUGUUUUAUUUUUAAUUUAAUUAAUUGCUAUCUUUUGGUGCAAGUUGUGUACCAAAAGUAUUCCUUUAAAGUAGUUGUUUCAUUUAAGAAGCUUAAUUACGGAAAAAUGAGAUGCCUUAAUUAAUCAUUUUGCUAAUAAGUUUACAUUAUAAAUAAUUUGAUUGUGCGAAAUGAUACUUCCAUUUGAAAUAUUAGAGGUUAAAAAAGGUUGUAUAAUGCCUAAAACAAAUACGGCUUGACUUGUACAGAAAUGAAAAUUGUCUUUCAAAACUCUUCAAUUUGUUGAGGAAAAAAACUAUUUUAAUAUUUUCUAUAAAUUCAUAAUUAUAUGUCUAUAAUGUUUAUACAUUGAAUUGUUAAAUAUUUGUGAUAUGAAUGUUUCAUGCUAAGAUAUAUACGUUUUGUAUGUUGAAAAAAUUUUUUUUUUAAAUUCUUCCUGCAAUGUUUUGAAAACAUCUGGAAUCCAUAUUUUUUACUUGAUUUCAAAAUUGUGCUCAGGUACUUUGGAUGUCAAUUCAAUAUUACCUCUUAUUGGUAGUGUUGGAAUGAAUCAUUGCUUGUCAAUGGCUCAUUUUUAUCCCACUAUUACUAUUCAUGUCACAUGCUUGUGUGAAACACUAUUCCCAAAUGGCAUUUAUACAGAUUUAUGUAAGGAAAAAAAAGAAAGAAAAUAAUUGUUACAAUAAAACUUAUUAUUUGAAAUUUUAUUUUUGUUUCCUUUUGGCACUUCUACAUUUUUUUUAAAUAUCAUUUGAAACAUGUACAUACAUAUACAACUUUCAAAAUGAUAAAACAGACAGGAUUCAAAUUCUAACUUCUUUUGUUAAAUACUCAUCAAUGAUCUGUAAUCAUUUUCAAUUGUUAAGUCUAAAGCAUAUGAAAACAUAUAACCACAGGACUCUUUUGUACCACUUACUGGAAGCCCUCCCCCUUUUUUUUUGCAAGAAAUCUGAUGCUUUUAUACAGAAUUAUUUUCUUAAAGCAGUUGCAUAAAGCUAAAUUUUUGCGUUAUUCUAAUGCUGACAAAGAAACUUCACA